AUGGGGUUCAUCGGCGACCAGGUGGAGUCGAUCCGGUCGAUGCAGGUCCGCCAGGUCGUCACGCAGAUCAUCAGCCUCGGUAUGAUUGUUACCUCAGCAUUGAUCAUAUGGAAGGGAUUGAUGGUCGCGACAGGGAGCGAAUCGCCAGUUGUGGUGGUUCUUUCUGGUAGCAUGGAGCCUGGAUUUAAAAGGGGUGAUAUUCUGUUUUUGCACAUGAGCAAAGAACCUAUCCGCACUGGAGAAAUAGUUGUUUUUAAUAUUGAUGGCCGUGAAAUUCCAAUUGUCCACCGUGUGAUCAAGGUUCAUGAACGGCAAGAAAGUGGAGAAGUUGACAUCCUCACAAAAGGCGAUAAUAAUUUUGGGGAUGACCGACUUCUGUAUGCACAAGGGCAGCUUUGGCUUCAGAAGCAUCACAUUAUGGGGCGGGCUGUAGGCUAUCUACCAUAUGUUGGGUGGGUUACGAUUGUGAUGACUGAGAAGCCGAUCAUUAAGUACCUUCUGAUUGGUGCACUGGGCCUUCUUGUCAUAACAUCAAAAGAGUGA